AUGACAACGACCGAGCGUCGUAGCGAGCGUGAGCCUUCGCGCGCGCCCGCGAGUGGUUUCUUUGUCCGUCUCGCACGUUAUAUUCCUAUUGUGAACAGGUUUGUGGCGGAGGAAGACGUGGGUACGAAUGUGGAUUUGGAUGUCGGCGCGGACGCUGGUGUUGAUGACGACACGGACGAUGUAGAGUCGUCGGUCUUGAAGACUUGUGACCGGAUUCGGACGACGCAAGCAAAUAUUGGUGAAGAGGGCGAGGGACGGGAUUGUGAUGGUGGUGAAGAUGGAGGUGAAAAUGAAGAAAAAGUGCUGGAAAAAUUAAUGCUGGGGGAUGUGGAGAAGAAAAAGGAGGUGGAUCAGCAGCAGCAGCAGAAGGAUAGACGCUUGACGACGCGGUGGACGUGUUGGUGCCGCCGGUGA